GUACAACCUAACUGUACUGUACGUCUGCGAGUGUAUGUGUGUGUGUGAGUGUGUGUAUGUGUGUGUGUGAAACCUUGUGUUCGACCGGCAUCUACACACGGUGGACCCCCACGCCGGCCCCUUCCCCCCUCCCCGUCCGAGGACCACAGCUGCAAUGAUGGCGCUCCACUCAGCUGUGCCUCACUCCCUCCAAGACGUGGUGUUGCAGCAGCUGAGUGGCCAGAGGGUGGAGUUCAUGCGACAGGUGCAGCUGGUCCAGUCUAGAGGACGCACAGAGGACCGCAUCUUGGUGAUAUCUCCAUGGAGGGCUUAUGUGUUUUACAGCAAGCAUCCAGUAAAGCUGGAGAGUUCCUUCAGUUAUCUGGAGAUCUACGCCAUCAGCAUCGAGAGCCUUCAACAGGUGGAGAUUGAGACGGACAGACAGACGUACGUCCUCUCUCUGCUGUGUGUGGAGGACCUGGAGGCCAUGGUUAGCCAUGUCACUGCCUCGCUCAAGAAGAUCUUUCCCGACUCCUCACCAGGGAAGCUGCUGAAGAAGGUUCCAGCGGAGCUGCAGGAGCGUCUGUGGAAGCUCACGUCCAGUGUAGAGGAACACCUCAGCGGAACACAGGGACCAUGCGGGGGCUUCUCUGUCACCUAUGAGGCCCUAUGUGACUUUAACGAGCUGCCGUGCAGAGAGGAAGUGCAGUGGGAUGUAGACAACAUAUAUCAUGUCCAGAGCUGCCGAGAGUUCAACUUGCUUGACUUUAGUCACCUGGAAAGCAGGGACUUGGCCUUGGCUGUGGCGGCCUUGUCAUUCAACGAAUGGUUCACCAAGAUUUCCAACAAGGACUACAAACUGCCUCUGGAUGUGCAGGAGCAGGUUCUAUAUAUGGUUAACCGCUCUCCCGCCCUGAAGGAGGUCUCACUGGAGAACAGCGGCCUGAAGCUGGAUUUUGCUGUGAAGAUGGCCAGUGCAAUUAAAGAUAGCAGCAACUCUGCACUACAAAUUAUCAACCUGUCGACCAAUCAGAUUGAAGACAAAGGUAUCUCUGCUCUAUGUCAGCAUCUGGAUAAGUUGCCUCAUGGUCUGACACAGCUACACCUGUCCAGAGUCUCCCUCUCCCCUAAAGGGCUGGGUAGCCUGGCGUCUGCGUUGCUCCAGAGUGCGCUGCUGUGUGACUGCCUGACACACCUCGACUUGUCAGGAAACCCUGGUUGCAUGGCAACAGAGGAAACAGCGACGCUGUGUAAGUUCCUGGCUAAGCCCACUGCCCUCUCCUUCCUGGACCUGAGCGGGACUGACUGCCCUCUGGACACGCUGUUUGUCUCUCUGUCUGCGGGACGCUGCUCAAACCUGCGCCACCUCAACCUCUCCAGAAACACUUUCACACACAGGAAGGUGCGUGAGGUGACACGUAGUGUGAGGGAUUUCUUCAGCAAGGCGUCUGAGCUGCACUACAUGGGGCUGGCCGCAACCAAACUCCCCCCUGAGGCUCUCAGGCUGCUACUGCAGGGUUUGGCCACCAACACACGCUUAAGUGGACUACAACUGGACAUCAGCGGCUGUGAGCUGAGGUCUGCUGGAGCCCAGGUGAUUCAGGAGCACAUAUUUGAAGCCAAGGCCAUCAGCAGUCUGGACCUGUCCAACAACGGGUUCGAGAGUGACAUGGUGACGCUGGUGCUGGCUCUGGGUCGCAGCCUCUCCAUCAGACACCUCUCAUUGGGCGGGAACUUCGCCAUGAAGUCCAAAGCUCUCACUGACGUCCUCCAUCGCAUAGUCCAGCUCAUCCAGGAGGAAGACUGUCCGCUGGAAUCCCUGUCUGUGUGCGACUCCAAGCUGAAGACGGGCACCACCAUCCUGAUUAACAGCCUGGCCAGCAACGCCACCCUGGCCAACGUGGACCUCAGCGGAAACCUCAUCGGGGACACGGGUGCCAAGAUGCUCGCCAAGGCCCUCAUUCUCAACACCAAGCUCAGGUCUCUUGCGUGGGACAGGAACAACGUGACAGCCAAGGGAUAUCUGGACGUGGCCAAUGCACUAGAGAAGAACACCACGCUGCAGCACAUGCCUCUGCCCGUCUCGGAUGUGUGCCAGUCCUACCGCAGCUGCCCCGAGAGGACAGAGGAGGCUCUACAGCGGAUCCACAGGUGUCUGCUGCAGAACAGCCGGCGCCACUCCGACUCCCCAGACCAUAUGCUGGACCUGCAACAGGGACUACGCACCACACAGUCAGAACAGGGUCUGUGUAUGAGGCUGAAGGAGAGUGUGGCUCCUCUGGCCUCCUGCUGUGUGAAGGAGGUGCAGGGAGACAUACUGGCAGCAGAGGAGGUGCUACACAACGCCAGGACAUCUGUUACGCUGCUGCCGUCUCUGUACGAGUUGGGAAGGACUCCCUCUAGUGGUGUGAUGAUGCAACAGGUUCUACACGACACUGCCAGAACACUCACCAAUGAAAUCACAGAAGAGAUACAGGAGUUGGCCCAGGUGCUGCUCCAGUGUGCAGUGGGUGUGUGUCCACGUGUGGUCCAGAGGAGCAGUGUGAGCGAGCGUCUAGCCGACAGCGUGGCCAAGAAGUCACGACAAGCCUCACACGCCAUCGAGAGCACACUACGCGAAGCAGAGACACACAUCAGGAACAAGCUCAGUGAAGUGAAACUGGCCGUUACAGCUUCUCUGGUGGAAAGUCUCAUCGAUGAGGUGCUGCAGGACCUAUCUGUUGCCCAGCAGAAACUGGAUCGUCACGUGGAGGACUACACCCAGCUGUCCUCCUCACAGAAGACCAACGUGCCACAGCUGCGGGUGGUGGAGCACGAGUUCCCCACCGAUGAGUAUGUUCCUGUCAUCUGGAGGAACAGCUUCCACACCAAGAGCAUCCGGCCAGCUCCAUCAGUCAAGAGUCUGUUGGAUGUGGACGGGGAGCAGCAGGCACGAGAGCGAGAGAGCAGCUCGCAUCAUCAGCAGGAAGGAGGCGGGGGAGGGGCAGCAGGAGGAGGGAGAGAGGGAGGAGGAGGGGUGAAAGAAGGAGGGCUGUUAGCAGUCAGAGGAGGAGGAGGAGGAGGAGAGAGAGGAGUGGGCUGUAGUCCGCUGCUGCUCUCCCCCUCUCCUCUCCCCGGCCCAUGGGAGGAGGGGGCGGCGCCGGCAGAGCAGAGGGGGCGGGCCUCCUCGUUGCCAUUGGCGACGGGGCCGUCUGUCAGGGCGCGUGGCGGUGCAGGCCCCGCCUCCCGGGCGGGCGGGGAGGCGCUGGUCGUCGCGGCGACUGCUGCUGCUGCUGCUGUAGCGGCCGCUGCUGUUAGCGACGGAGAGGCAGGGCGGCCCCAGCCAGCUCGCCCGCACGCCACCAGCCGCCCUAUGGACCUGCCCUGCCAGGGACACACACUCCGGCACUACACACGCUCGCGCCCGCGCCCCCACCGCCGACACACGCAGGCGCCCAGCAGACAACAGGAGCAGGCAGCGGAGGGCGAGAAUGAGGUCAACGAGGCGAUGGGUCGUGUGGACGAGGGAGUAGAGGAGUUCUUUACCAAGAAAAUCAUCCCCCAUGACCCCCUGAAGCACCAGAGGGAGGAGCCACUCCUCAAAGCACAACCCUCCACCGACUCCGCCCCUUCCUCCAACACCACCACCACUACUUCCUCUUCCUGUCCCCCCACUUCCUCUUCCUCUGAGUCGGCUCCUCCCACCUCUGCCCCCACCCCUGCCCUCACCACCAGCACCUCCUCCCCCAACACCGCUGCUCCCGGCCCCGCCCCCACGCCCGCCCCUGCCUCCAAAAACAUCAAGAAGAAGUUCGGAGACUUCUUCGCGUUCAAGAAGGUGCGCGCAGCGCGGGGCGGCACUAAGGGGGAGGCACCUCCGGAGGGCAAAGCUAAGAAGACGUCCAUCGCCGACCUCAUCCGUCCGCUCCGUGAGGCCGCCCGAGCCGAGAAGGAGCGAGAGAAAGAGAAGGAGAGAGAGAAGGAGCGAGAGAGGGAGAAGGAGAAGGAGAGGAAGGAUAAAGCACACGAUGUAGAGGAGGGAGGAGAGAAAGCCGUUGCUACGGCAACCACCACCACCACCAUUAGCCCUAGCAACAGCAUCACGAUCAGCCCUAGCAACAGCACAGACGCAGCCACAACACUCACAGACGCCGGCCCCGUCAACGCCCCCACCUCCCCCUCCGCCCCCCCUGCAUCCACCCCCAGUCCCGCACUCUCACCUACCCCGGCAGCCAAUGAGGUGCCAGUGGUCUCCCCAGUGUCGCCCCAGGCUGCAGCCAGCCCCACCCCUCCAGUGUCUGCCGCUACAUCACCGCCAGCACAGGAAGGCGAGGGGCCUAAUGCAGAGGAGAGGGCGCUGGGCGUGUCUAUCCGGCCUCUGGAGAAGAGCCGCACGCCGGACGGGGAGCGGAGACCCAAGCCCAGCAGGAGAGCCCUGAGGGACGGCAAGAGCCAGUCGCUCAUCCUGCUCACCGGCCUGGAGCCAGACGACACCCACGGCAAGAAGCAUGCAUCGGAGAGUUCGUCCAGUUUUGAGCAGCGACUUCACGUCAUGCUGCACCGCAUGGGAGUCACCAAGACUCCUCCCUCUGAGUCCCCCAAGACCAACCAGAACAAGGAUGAGGAGCUGAAGAAGGCUAACUCCGAAGGCGCAAUCCUGGACAGCAAACCUGAACCUCCACCCACCUUCAUGAAACCACGCACCAUGUCCACCUCCUCAGACACCAGGAGGCCAUUGCGACCAGGUGUGUCAGGUGAGAAGCCAGCCAUCCCUGAGCGCCCCAUCGGCCCUCUACCCCCUAAACCCGUCCUGAAGCCGGCUCUCCCCCCACCCUCGGAGGCGUCCAGGGUGCCCCCUGUGCCCCCCAAACAACCCAGCCCAUCUGUGGAGGCGGUGCCAGCCGAGCCCGGGCCAGAUCCGGUCCAGACGAGGGAAGGGGAACCCCAGAAGGAGCCGCCGCCCAUGUCACCCCGGAGAGAGCAACCAACCCCCCCGGCCCCCUCACCUCGCCGCGCCAUCAGCACAGAUGCACGGGAGCGCGCAGAGAGAGCACAAUCCGUCACCGAAGAGACCCUCCCGAAGCCUCGUCCCCGUAUGAAGCCCUCACCGCAGCGUCGCGCUGUCUCUGUUCACGAGGACACACUCCUCCUGCAGCACGCCGCCCUGCUGGACCCCGAGGAGCUGAAGGCGGCGUUGCCACGGCUACAGAGGUCACCGGUGCGUAAGCGUGCCACCGUGGGGGAGCUGCCACCGUGCUCAGAGGACCUCCCAGAGGGAGACGAGGGUAAGCGAGUCGAGGAGGAGAAGGAGGAAGAGAAGGACGAAGCAAAGAAGGAGGAAGCGAAGAAGGAGGAGAGACAGGAGGAAGAUGGCAGUGGCCAGACAGAGGGAACAGAUGACACAGCGCCCUCCGAUGGCAAAAAGGGGCACAGCAGCAGCAACAGCAGCAGCCCAGCAGGGACCAAGCAGGAGGAGCAGGAGCAAGAGGAGCAGGGAAAGAGCAUGGGAGGAGCAGGAGGAGGAGGA